GCACACACACAGUGUACAGCAGUUGCGCUGGAGCGGCUGUGACAUCAGUCGGCAUGAGAGGAGCUACGUUUCCGGGCUGAUCGGUGCUGUCGCGCUCACAGACCGGACGUGAAGCCCCGGGACGCCGCGGAGACUCGGGACAGAAACAGCCGCUCUGACACGCUCGGUGCUCGGACACUCAGCAGCAGCAGUAGCGGCGGCGGCGGCGGCCGGAGGACACGGAGGACACGGAGGACACGAAGGACCGGGAGGACCGGGGCGAGUGUGUGCGGCGAGGCGGCGGGACCCGCUGCUAGCGAAACAUGAACAAGACCCAGCGAGUGCCGAGCAGCCGGUCACUCAGCGCCGUGGAGGUGAAGAGCAAGUUUGGUGCAGAGUUUCGUCGGUUCUCUCUGGAUCGGUCCAAGCCGGGCCGAUUUGACGAGUUCUAUGGCCUCCUGCAGCACGUACACCGCAUCCCCAAUGUGGACUUGUUGGUGGGCUACGCUGAUGUGCAAGGCGACCUGCUGCCCAUCAACAACGAUGACAACUACCACAAGGCCAUCUCCACUGCCAGCCCUCUGCUCAGGCUGUUCCUGCAGAGGAAAGAGGAAGCUGAUUACACAACCUUUGGUACCAACUCGCUGACCAGGAAGAAAAACACUGUGCUUUCUGCGGUUCUUCUGCGGCCUGACACCAACAGGAAAAAACCACCUGUCAUCAUCAGCCUCCCGAAGGACUUUCGCCCCGUGUCCUCCAUCAUCGAUGUGGACAUCCUCCCUGAGACGCACCGACGUGUACGCCUCUACAAGCACGGCCAGGAGAAACCAUUGGGCUUCUACAUCCGUGAUGGUUCCAGCGUGCGGGUCACUCCACAGGGCCUGGAGAAGGUGCCGGGGAUAUUCAUCUCUCGCAUGGUGCCUGGUGGGCUGGCAGAGAGCACCGGCCUGCUGGCAGUCAACGACGAGGUGCUGGAGGUGAACGGUAUUGAGGUGGCCGGGAAGUCUCUGGACCAGGUGACGGACAUGAUGAUUGCCAACAGCCACAACCUCAUCAUCACCGUGAAGCCUGCUAACCAGCGGAACAAUGUUGUUCGUGGUGGAGGAGGAGGCGGCGCGUCUGGUAGCUCAGGACGCUCAUCAGACAGCGGGGCCAGUUACUAUGGCUACUCAUCACAGGGCGGUGCUGCGGCCUCCAUGCCGUCGCACAUCAUCCAGAACUUCCCUGUCGGGGAGCUGGAGAGCGACGAGGACGACGAGGACCUGGUGAUCGAGGCGGGAGGCGAGGCCGAGCCAAUCAGACGCUCCCCUUCCAACUACAGCAUGCCCUCCCUGCCUCGGUAUGAGCCGCACCUCAACCUCCGCACUAACACCAACUCCGCUUCUGCUCAUUCCAUCAAUGCCAAUGGGACCCUGCUAGCCAGCGGCAGCAGUGGAUCACUAAGCUACGCCAACGCCACUUCGACCACGCCAUCCCCAGACAGAGCAAUGGAGAGGCGGAGCCUGGAGGAAGAUGGCACUGUUAUAACUCUGUAGACAUUCACACACUAAACACUGGAAACAAAUGCAAAAUACUUCCUCACACAUUUGGGGGAGUCAUGGGCCGGCAGUUCAGACACAGGCUCCAUCGUACAGUGACUGUAUCUGAGAAGCACAAUGAUGAGUGUACAUAUUACAUCUGACCGCUUAAUGUUUGUACAUCCUAACAUGAACACAACAAACACUGCACCCUAUACCUUGCACCUCUACAUGCCAAUAAUCACGCAUGUGUGCCGUAGUGGUGACUGGCCCCCAUCCUAUGUUCUUCAGGCACAAAAUUGUCUCAGACAGAAGUGAAGAAAAAGUGUAGUUUGGUUCUCUACUACCCUCCACUUUAUUUUUUUAACCACUAGAAGCACUUGUUUUUAACCCAAAACUGUAUUUCUGCUGAAUUUCCACUAGAGGGCAGAGAUGAGAUAUUGUCAUCAAACCAUUUGUUGACAAUCUGGUACUGUUUUGUUUUUUUGCCUUGUCUCCACCCCUGCACCGCACUACGUCUCCCAGGUGACCACAGCCCCCGCAUUACUCAACAGCUGUGGUACUUUCAACAGAAUUCUAUCCUACUACAGCCAUUGACCAGUAGCUGAGACCUGCAAUAAAACUUUUUAGUUUUUGUUAGAGGGCGAACGACCUAAAAACAAAGCAAGUCUUUGUGUUGGUUCAGAUGCUUUUUUUUAAAACCACUAUUUUUAGCAGUUUUUUCCUCUUUAUCUGCUGUGUGAAUGACUGAAAGGUUGAUGAUUUUUAAUAAUAAGUAUUCUUCCCAUAAACAUAAGGCCUGUAUCUUUAUAUGAUUUGCAUAUUUUGUUUAUUUAAAAUAUGUUUGAAUAAAUGGUAGGGCUGUCACUUUUUCUAAGAAGGGUUAGGGUUUACCAUGUGCAGUCCCCCCCUGCACAAGGUGUCGUGAGGCUUUUAUCCAUUUCUGUAGCAAAGCAACACAACAUGACUGACUCACUUUAUCGAUGGCAAUUGUUCAAGCUGACAGUGAUCGGCCUCUGCUGGAUCGUCUGAUCUAGACUGAAUGCUUUGAAAUUGAACAUGUCAUUAAAGGUCAAAUAUUAACUUAUCUUCCCACGUUGGAAUUUAAGUUUUAAUUUUGAAUAUAAAGUGACAGCCCUAACGUAUUAUUGUACAGGUACAUUAUAUUAUUGUACAGGCUACAACAUAGACCAUAUUCCAUCUGUUUCACUCACGUUAAAUUGCUUCUCCCUGGGAAUGGAACAUGUUAGAAGUAAUAUCCUUAAUCUUGCACUCCCUCUCCUUUCCAUGACAAGGGCUAUUUCCCCUGCUGCAUGUCUACAAAUGAGAAAAUGUGAAUGUGAUUUAAAUUUCUUUCUGUUUGUUUGUUUGGUCUCUCCCCCUCGGUUCUGUCUGGGCCACAACACAAUACAACACUGAGUCAUUCACAUAUGAAAAAUGAUCUCUCCAGUGUUUCUGCACUGUUUCCUUUGUGUAUCAUCGUUCUCGUUGAACUCAAUUAACGACACUCUAUGAGCGAAUGCUUGAUGUUGAAUCUGGGCCUCAAUUGCACAUCGAUAGUUGGGCUGUAACACUUUUAGUAAACACAACCACAGAAAUUAGUUGAAAGGACUGGUACACACCCACACACACACACACACAGUGACAGUAGAGAAACCGCCUGUAUCUCAAAGUAAAACCCGGUUGAGUCACAUUGAAACAAACACACACGCAGGUACACUGGGCACAGACUGAUUCACUUUCUUUGUUUGUCGAAGGUGAGGCUGGUCUGCUGAAAGUACUGCAUGUCUUUUUACUGCAAUACUGUUUUCAUAAACCUUUCUUAAACACCGUGUUUGAAAAUCCAUGUGACCUUCAAGGCAAAUUUCAGAUUUUGAGAGCUGUAGAAAUUUUAUUGACUUGACUCCAUUUGCAGAAUUUUAGAUCGCAGAGUUGAUCUGAAUCCACCAACAAUGGCAUUAAAUUGUAUGUGAGGGAUUUAUUGGUCCUUGAAUCUAAAUUAAUUUGCCUCUGACAUUACUUCUUGUUUGAGAAGCGGCUCCACAACACUAAAUAUUCAUUACCAUUUCAUACUGCUGUUCACUAACCUCUCUGAAGUCUAAGCAGAUGGUCUUUUUAUUAGCAUUUUGCUGUCCUGUAAUAGAUGAUAUCUUUAACAUUAUUGCUCAUUAAAACUUUGUUGACGCCCAACAUUAGCCAUUUUCAGACAACUCUGGAGAGCAGGGUCUGAACUCUCUUUGCAGUUUGCCUCUCACACAUGGAGAACGCCGCAGUAGAUUCUCUGCUCAGACGCGUUCACAACAACACAGGAAUCUCCGGAGCGUUCAGGUGAAGAGUGAUGCUGAGGCAGGAAGUAACGUCAGCUGCAGAGAUCACGUGUUCUGUUUACAGCACAUCAACACCGACGUUGUCUUAUCACCAAAAAGCUCUCAUGCCGUCUCUGUCGGUGUCUUCCACGUGAAUGGAAAUAUGCAAAAAAACAACGUCAUGUAACCGUCAUCAAACACCUACUCAAUUGCGGUGAAUCCUGCGGACGAUAUCCUGCUGUUUUUUGUCUCACAUGGGUUCAAUCGGACACUAUGCAGACCUUUUACUCGGGGGGGCUGGCUGGAUGAAGUCCGGAGCCUGUCACUUGCACAUUUGUGUUCUCACCUACAGAGACUGACAGGAGAUUAUCUGGAGUUUGGUGAAUGUCUGAAAAGCGGUAAAGUCUCUGUCAGUAAGGUCUUUUGGUUUCAUCUGAGCCAAUACUCACUUGUAAUAACCAUAUAAUCAAUACCACACCAUUUAUCAUUUACAUUUUCUGGUUAUUAUUCAAAUCACUGAGCCUCUCACAGUAAAUAUAUAUAUGUAUAUGACUGGAAACCAACACACAUCUGCUUUUGUAUUUCCCGCUAUAUGUACAGGGUACUGUUUCUUUGGCCUUUUUUUUAUAGUCGCGCUGGUGAUGGUUAGAUUCUGGCUUCUUUCACUCCCGACAUCAAGCACAGUGAUCAAUGGUACUCUUGAAAGGAAGUUUUUAAAAAAUUUUUAAAUCAAUGUUAAUUUAUUUUCUUUAUCUCUUUACCACAGGACACUGGGAUUGUAACCAUGGCGGCAUUUGUUAUUUAUUCUCUAAUCAUUUGUUUUGCAUAUUCUCUGUUCACAUUGUACGACUUUAUUUUAUACAUUGAUUGUUUUGGUUGUUCAUCUCAUGGUACAGUUGUUAUUGCCCAUUAGGAGACGAUUUUAUUGCUGAUUUCCCUGUUCCUCCUGAAGCAAGAGGAGAAUCUGUGCAAGACAUGACACCAUUAUUUUUAUUUUUUCCAAACUGUGAAUUAUCAUUAUUUUGUGGGAGUAAAGAAACAGUUGUGUUGGUACAAUUUCAAAAGAGGCGACUUGUUCUUUGCUUUUGAGUCUUUACUUUUUUUUUGAAAGUGAUUGAGCAAUGAUUUGUUUUUUUUGCUAGCCAGAUAAAUCCUAUGGUAUAGAUUUAUAAUGAAGAUUGUCAGUAUUUUCAUAUCGAUGCUAUAUAUGAUGAUGAUGUACAUUUUUAUCACAUUUAAUGAAAACUGUUUUAAGAUUCAACUGGAGACUAAUGAUUAAAUAGAUGUACACCUGUAAUUUCUGAUUUAAGG